CCAACAGGGUUAUGUGACCAGUGUGGUCCUGGCAGCCAGCGAGGGAGGCUCUGCUCACUCUUCUCUUAACACACUUUACAUAAUCUAACACAUGCGCUCAAAUACUGACAAUUGUUUUUCAAAAGGUUUAAUAAGACUUUUCGGACGAUAUUGUCACUAAGGACAGUGUAGUUUAAAAGUUUAGCGGUGAUCCAGUAGUGUAUUAUAGUGAAGAGAGUGUGAGUAUCGUGAGUUAGCGAGUGUGAGAGUAUAGUGAGUAUAGCGGCGUCGUCUGCUAGGAGCAGCAGCAGCAGCAGCAGCAGCAGCAGCAGCAGCAACAACAAUGUACAACGUCUCCCGGGGUCCCAGCAGAAUCAUAAACAGAACCAGGAGGGAUUUAAGUCAGAAACUAGAAAGUUUAGAUCAAAUCCGGGAGUUGACUCGCAAGAGCUGUGUGACGGAGGAGGAGGACGCGGAACACACUACCAUGAGCUCGCCGCGGCCCGUGUUCCAGUCUGUGGGCGGGAGCAACAAGGGCGGACGCUCCACCAAUGGCCGCCCGCAGCCCCAUGACGUCAUCUCCCCUCAACACGAAGAACUAAUUCGCUUUUUUAAUGAGUCCUGGAGCCGAGUAUGCAAGGAGAUGGAGAUGGGGCGCCAGAACGGCCAUGACCCAAGAGGAGGUGGGAUUGCAUAUUAUCAGGAAAAUAGUGAACACCCAGCAUUACAAGACUUUAAACCAUUCGACUUGGAGGCAUGGUGGGGCAAGAGAAUUUAUCAAAAUUUGACACAAUCCACCUAAAACAUUAAAUUUUGUAUAGUUAAUGCCAGGCAACUUAUGCCCAAUCUUUUGUCAAAAUAGCAUUGUAAUAUCUUUGAUAAUUGUGUACCACAUAGACAGCAUGUACUUAUACAGAGAUUACUGGAGUGGAGUCUCAUACUAUAGUGAGUAUUGCCUCUGUGUAAUGAUUGGCUUCAUUUGUGAAUAUGCUUAGCUGAUUAUUCUUAAGCAUUUGUGACAAAGAAGCUCAAUAAAAAAAUUCAGUGCUGUGUAAGUUGCAGCGAGUUUGUCAUUACUGACUUCUCUUCCAACAGGAAACUUUGUAUGCCAUGUGUCAGUAUUGCAGGCCAGUGAUGUAGGGGGCAUGUAAAAUUUUCUACUUAAUGACAGACUUAAUGAACUGAAUUAGUCAAAUGUAUAAAAGAACAAAACAUAUGGACUGUGCAAGUAGCUUUUCCAAGUUUUGGAGAAUAGUCAUAGACAUGGGUAGGUAUUAUGAGAAACAGUAGUUACUUUGUAGCAUUCCAUACAAAAAAAGGGACUUCUGCAAGUAUUUGAAUUAUUCUUGGGCAUAUAGUGAUGAAAUCCAUUCAAGCUGUAGACUUGCAAUUAGAUUAGAUUAUCAUAACUGGUCAUUUACCAGGAUCAUGAUUAAUACUCUACAUAUGCACCUUUGCAUACUGUACAGUAUGUAUUUCUUAAGCUAAAAUCAAUAACUUCACAUGCUCUGUAUUCCCUAUAAGAUCAAAAUAGCUUUCAGGAGUAAAUUGAAAAUUCUGUAAAUGUCAUUGUAUUGCUUGUUAGGUAUUUAUUCGUAUAUGAUCGAGAACUCCAGAUACGUAUGUAGUGAAUGAAAAUGUAAUGUACAUUCUUGCACCAUUUAUGUAUUUUCGAGGAUUUUUUCAAUGAUGUACAUUUCAAGUGUCAGGUUAAGAAAUAUUAUAUAUUUCUGAUUAUACUUGCUAUACAGUACAAAACCAGACUGUAAUGCCACCUGAGAGACAAGAACUAGCCAUUAUAAAAACCAGCUUAGGUUCUAGGUUUAUUAUAGCAGAUGCAAUUAGUUGGAGUCUCAUGAUAUUUCCAAAAGUGUUUGAAGGAAAGUCUACCUUGUGUAUGCACACUACAAUAACAAUUGUGAUGGUUGUUAUAUAAAAAUUUCAACCCCUUUUAUAUUGAACUGUUUUGUACUUGUUUGAUAUCAUAUAUAGUCAUCAUUUUGUAUUGACAUUUUAUCAGUUUGUGAUCAGUCUGGAGCACAAAAAUCAGCUAACUGCUUAAAUUUAGUCAAAUUUUUAGGUAUUGCAAGUGGAAUGUGUAAUAUUGUAGCUGCAGUUAUUGUUGCCAAGCAGUUCCUUCAUGAUCCAACCACUCCCUACUCUUAUACAAACAUGUGGAGGUGAUAACGUGUUCCUUUAUUUCAACUUUCAAAGAAUGAAUGAUUGCAUCAUAUAUUUUUUUAAAGAAGUUGUUGGCAUUUAUGUAUGUGCAUACUCUUAUAAAAAUAUGCACUUGAAUAACAACACUUGGCGACCUCACACAAUGCAAGCUUAUGUCCCAUCAGUAGCUCAUGUCUACAGUCUCUCUUCUCUUAAAUUGUCUUUUGAAGGAGAGUUGAAUAAAAUAUACUAAAAAUGUGACAAAUCUCUAAGCAUUCUGUAAAUAUUAAUAAAUAAAAUGCAGCAGAACCUCUUUAAUUUGACUGAAACUGAACAAGGCUUUGCCGAGCUAUUUUUUCAUGGACCGUGAGGCAACAAUGUUUAAAACUUGAUCUGUUGUAUAAUCUGUGCAUUAAUUACUGUAGUACUGUAUUUAAAUCUGGCAAAACUAUUAGCUUUUAUCAUAAUAUUAAAUAAAUAAUUUUUUGAAAUUAAUGUACUGUAUAUAGUAAAUGUUACUGCAUAUUAUUAAUUUCUUUGUAUGUAUAUGUUUUGACAAACAAAUAUUUUCUGUUUUAGCUAGGAAUCAUAUUAGAAGGGCUUCACUGUACAUUUUACUGUUAAACCUUUUUAUAGGUAAUUUUGUGUAUGGAAGUUUUUAAAUGACUUUAUAAAUAUCUGAUGAAAUAUGUUGAUGUACAAGUUCAGUUCCCAUGGUUGGGAUUAAUAUUUUAGGAAAGAAAAACACCAUUGUCGGUCAUGAGGCCCCAACUGUGGUACUGCCAUGCAUGUCAGGUAUCUCCCUUGUCCAGUGUCGGUCAUGAGGACCCCAACUGUGGUGCUGUCAUGCAUGUCAGGUGUCUCCCUUGUCCAGUGUCAGUCAUGAGGCCCCAACUGUGGUGCUGUCAUGCAUGUCAGGUGUCUCCUUUGUCCAGUGUCAGUCAUGGGACCCCAACUGUGGUACUGCCAUGCAUGUCAGGUAUCUCCCUUGUCCAGUGUCGGUCAUGAGGACCCCAACUGUGGUGCUGUCAUGCAUGUCAGGUGUCUCCCUUGUUCAGUGUCAGUCAUGGGGCCCCAACUGUGGUGCUGUCAUGCAUGUCAGGUGUCUCCCUUGUCCAGUGUCAGUCAUGGGGCCCCAACUGUGGUACUGCCAUGCAUGUCAGGUGUCUCCAUGUCGAGUGUCGGUCAUGAGGCCCCAACUAUGGUACUGUCAUGCAUGUCAGGUGUCUCCAUGACGAGUGUCAGUUGGAUGAAGGGGUUGUCUCCCUUUGGAACUCAAACUCGCCAGUCCUACCUUUGCUACAUGUAGAGGUAUGAUGUGUUGAUUUCAAAUCUGCUGCCAUAAUAAGAAUAGCAUAUUGUCAUAGCUUACAUAUAUUUUUUUAUUGUGUAUUCUGGCUAUGUGAUAUAAUAGUUGAUGAAGCAAAGUGAGCUCAGUUCCCUGGGGGCACAACCUGAUCGUUUAGUCUGUGAUAUUAUUUUGUUUCUACUUGUGAGUGGCUUCACAAAUUGAGACAAAGUAUUUUGAACCAAUCUUGAUGCUGGAUAUCUUUGACCUGACAUACUUUGUACAAAUAAAUACACAAAAUUG